AUGGUGUUCUCCUCCUCAAAUGCAGUUCUUGCAGGACUCGCUUUCAUGUUUUCAUCGAGCAUCCUGCUUCAAAUUCUGGCUUGUGCCAUAUACAACAACUGGUGGCCAAUGUUAUCAGCUCUUAUGUAUGUUCUUGUGCCAAUGCCUUGUUUAUUCUUUGGCGGUGGGUCAACUCAGUUUCUAGUCAGUCGAGAUGGUGGGGGCUGGAUCAACGGUGCUAAGUUCUUAACAGGGGCAUCUGCUGUAGGGAGCAUAGCCAUUCCCAUUAUCCUGCGGCAUGCUGGUUUGAUUGGCACAGGAGCUAUGUUCAUUGAAUUUACAUCAUUCUUUAUAUUUGUCUGCACUGUUCUGUGUUUUCACCGCGCUACCCUUGAGGAUGAGUGGUGA